AUGGGUUCCUCUGAGGUUGCCCUCCUUGCCAAACUUGGGAUAAGGUCCUUCUCAUACGGGCUUGUGGUUCUCCCUGUCUGUGACAAUGGAUCCAUCUUCAACCAAGAAGUACUUAACCUCAUUGAGGAUGACCUUAUUGACAAGUUUACAGCUGAUGUUUUUAUGGUUGCUUUGCUGUCUUUGUCUCUCUCUUACCUAACUCUUGCAGUUGCGCUUCACAUAUUCAUCGAUGCCUAUAAGAAUGUCCUUGCUAUUGCUGUCGACACUGAAUACACCUUCAUACAAGUUGAAGGAGUAUCUCAAAGACUCAAGCAAAUUAAUUAUUAUUACUAUCGCCCCUGUUGCAUUGGCUGGUGUAGACGGUAA